UAUACUGUGAACGCUCUGCCAGAUUUUAAAUUAACUCUGUUGCGAAUAUCGCAGUAAAUGUUUGUUACGCCUACAUUUUUUGUUUCAAUAAUUUUUUGUAUUUCGUUAAUGUUACAUUUUUUUUGCGGUGGUUGGCAAGAGUUGUUAAUGAGAGAAAGCUGUGAGAAAGUAAUAUUUUCGAUCUCACCGCGAAUUAGAAUAAUAGUCUUCGUUUCCUCAUUGAUUGUUUCUGGGUUGUGAUGCAAAAGAACCAGUUCCUGUUUCAAAAUCUAUUUAUGAGAGUUGUUUGCAUUACACAAUAAUAGCAAAAGUGGCACCCCUUUGGAAUCAAGUUGGAAAGUAUUUAGUAAAUGGUAGACGUUUUUUAGAAUGUUCUCAGUUACUUCCUGCAGUGAAAAUGGAUAUCUAUAUAAAAGACGAUAAUCUUAUCAUAAUGUUACGAUCCCUGCAAGUAAAGUUAUGGCCUACAAAACUGGAAGACUUCAAUAUACCAACCAAUACAAUCAACAACUUUGCCUCAAAAUCCAUCUCGACUAUAUCAGAAAUUGAGCUUGAAUCUCAAUGGGUUUAUGUUCUUCCUAGCCUUAAAAAGGGGAAAAUUGUGUACAUCAAUCAACACAUACCAGCCUCUUGUCCAUACAAGACUUACAAAGAGCUUCGACGUCACUGGAAAAAUAUGUAUGGCUAUCGAAUACCAGAAGAAGAAAAUUCACCAUAUUACACUAUUUCUUUUAAUUUAAUGAACCCUACAUUAUAUACAUAUCCUUCAGCAUGUGUCAAAAUUCAUGACAUAUCCACUUUUGAUAGUAUUAAGGAAAAGGAUAUUCUUAAC